AGGGGAGUAGACAGCUCAGCGGCAGCGGAGGGAGUCUAUGCGCGCUGGACAGCAGUGGGAGGUGUGUGAAGCUCGCUCCGGCCGCAGACCCUAGGGCUUAAUUGCCGGGGAGCAAGGACUCGGCGACGGGGCUGCCGGGCUACCCGGCUGAGGCUUCAAAGGCGCAAACUGAUGGGACUGGCUCGCUCAGCAGCGUCUCCCCGCUCUUUUAAGUACACUGAGCGGGGCCCGCGCUGAAGUCGAAGCUGUCGGGGGGCGCGCAGCCCGGAGUCCCAGUGUGGCCCGGAGGAACGGAGCCCGUGUCAGGGCGACCCAUUCGGGAGCCUGGGGACCGAGCUCAUUUUGUGGGGAUACCCCCACUUCUUCCCAGGGCCGCCAAUCCCAGGACGGUCGAGGCGUCGGGGCAGGCACCGAAUCCUCCGCGGGGAGACCCCGUCGGGGAGAGGGCACACAGUCCCAAACUCUCUCGGGGAGCCGAGCAGAACAAGGCGGAAUCACCCGGGGGCGCAGAGCCCCCGUCACGCCUCGUGCGGCAGAGAGGCCAGGGGAGCUAGUCCUCGGAGGCCGCAGCCCAUGCCCGGGUUGGGGGCGCCUGCCCAGUGAGUCCUCCUGGCCGGCCGGGCGGAGAAGAGCUACACCGAAGCCGGCGGGAGGGGAGCACUUCAAGGCCGGCGGCUGCGGAGGAUGGGCGCCUGAGUGGCUCAAAGCACAGCGCAGCACGGGAAAGCGAGGAGAGCUUUGCUGAGGAGACGCCAGGGGAUUCCGAAGUGCAGCCUGCCCCCGGGAAGAUGGCCCGGCCUGGGCAGCGUUGGCUCGGCAAGUGGCUUGUGGCGAUGGUCGUGUUGGCGCUGUGCCGGCUCGCCACGCCGCUGGCCAAGAACCUGGAGCCCGUAUCCUGGAGCUCCCUCAACCCCAAGUUCCUCAGUGGGAAAGGCUUGGUGAUCUACCCGAAGAUUGGAGAUAAGCUGGACAUCAUCUGCCCCCGAGCAGAAGCAGGGCGGCCCUACGAGUACUACAAGCUGUACCUGGUGCGGCCAGAGCAGGCGGCUGCCUGCAGCACUGUGCUGGACCCCAAUGUGCUGGUCACCUGCAACAGACCGGAACAGGAAAUCCGCUUUACCAUCAAGUUCCAGGAGUUCAGCCCAAACUACAUGGGCCUGGAGUUCAAAAAGCACCAUGAUUACUACAUUACCUCAACAUCCAAUGGGAGCUUGGAGGGACUGGAGAACCGUGAGGGGGGUGUAUGCCGUACACGUACUAUGAAGAUUGUCAUGAAGGUUGGGCAAGAUCCCAAUGCUGUGACACCUGAGCAGCUGACUACUAGCCGGCCCAGCAAGGAGGCAGACAACACUGUCAAGACAGCCACACAGGCCCCUGGUCGGGGCUCCCAGGGUGACUCUGAUGGCAAGCACGAGACUGUGAACCAGGAAGAGAAGAGUGGCCCAGGUGCAAGUGGGGGCAGCGGUGGGGACUCCGACAGCUUCUUCAAUUCCAAGGUGGCACUGUUUGCAGCCGUGGGUGCUGGCUGCGUCAUUUUCCUGCUCAUCAUCAUCUUCUUGACGGUCCUACUACUAAAGCUACGCAAGCGGCACCGCAAACACACACAGCAGCGGGCGGCUGCCCUCUCGCUUAGUACCCUGGCCAGUCCUAAGGGGGGUAGUGGCACAGCGGGCACUGAGCCCAGCGACAUCAUUAUCCCCUUACGGACUACAGAGAACAACUACUGCCCCCACUAUGAGAAGGUGAGUGGGGACUAUGGGCAUCCGGUCUACAUCGUCCAGGAGAUGCCACCCCAGAGCCCAGCGAACAUCUACUACAAGGUCUAAGUGCCCAGCAUGGCCUCGGGCCCCCGAGGGACAGACGGCCUGGACCGGACCUCUCCUUUCUCCCCCAUGCCCCUCCCCUUGCCAGCUGUGCCCACCUUUGUAUUUAGUUUUGUAGUUUCUUGGCUUUUAUAAUCCCCCAUUUUCCCUGCCCCCUGGGCUUCGGAGGGGGGUGUUUGUGCCCCCAACCCCCAUGCUCUUGUGCCUUCCCCCUCUGGCCAGGCCUCUGGGCUCUGUGGGGGCGCCCUUUCUCGGAGGGCAGGGUUGGACGCUGAUGGACAGCAAGCAGGGAGACGGCCCCCUGGCCCUGCCCCCUCCCUUGCCCCCUUUCCCCUUUCCCAGGACUGCUCGUCCAC